AGGUCGAUCACUCGCUGCGCGCCUCCACCCUUUUCCACCCCGCCGCCGAAGCCACCGUGCCGCUAGCCUUCCCCGCCGCCGCAAAAUGGCCGCCUCCGCGCGACCCCUGGUUACCGUGAGGGCCCUGGAGGGCGACAUGGCCACGGACUCCGCCGGUGUUCCGCUGGCGGACGUCCUCCGCGCACCGAUCCGCCCGGACAUCGUUCGCUUCGUCCACAAGCUCCUGUCCUGCAACAGCCGCCAACCCUAUGCGGUGUCGCGUCGCGCCGGACACCAGACCUCCGCGGAGUCCUGGGGCACGGGGCGUGCGGUAUCCCGUAUCCCCCGCGUUCCUGGCGGUGGUACCCACCGCGCCGGCCAGGGAGCGUUCGGCAACAUGUGUCGUGGUGGACGCAUGUUCGCGCCCACCAAGAUCUGGCGCCGCUGGCACCGUCGCGUCAACAUACACCUUCGCCGUGUCGCCAUCGCCUCCGCACUCUCCGCCACCGCCGUUCCGUCCCUUGUUCUCGCACGUGGCCACCGCGUGGAGUCUGUGCCCGAGCUCCCGCUGGUCGUUUCGGACUCCGCGGAGUCCAUUGAGAAGACAGCCCAGGCCAUCAAUAUCCUCAAACAGCUCGGUGCCUACGCCGAUGCUGAGAAGGCCAAGGAUUCUGUUGGCAUCCGCCCCGGCAAGGGCAAGAUGCGCAACCGCCGCUACAUCAAUCGUAAGGGACCCCUCGUUGUCUACGGCACUGAGGGCUCUAAGGUCGUCAAGGCCUUUCGCAACCUCCCUGGCGUUGAUGUUGCCAAUGUCGAGCGCCUCAACCUGCUCGAUCUCGCCCCUGGUGGCCACCUUGGCCGGUUCGUCAUCUGGACCGAGUGCGCAUUCAAGAAGCUGGAUGAGGUGUACGGUACCUUCAACGCACCAUCAGCGAAGAAGAAGGGUUUCGUGCUCCCGAGGCCCAAGAUGGCAAACGCUGACCUAUCCAGGCUUAUCAACUCUGACGAGGUGCAAUCUGUAGUGAAGCCCAUCAAUAAGGAUGUGAAGCGUAGGGAGCCUAGGAAGAACCCACUGAAGAAUAUGGCUGCAGUGCUCAAGCUGAACCCGUACCUCGGUACUGCACGCAAGAUGGCAGCCCUAGCCGAGGCAGCGCGUGUCAAGGCCAGGAAGCAGAAGCUUGAUUCCAAGAGGACCAAGCUCAGCCCAGAGGAGGCUUCUAAGGUCAAGGCUGCUGGAAAGGCGUGGUACAAGACCAUGGUUUCAGACAGCGACUACACAGAGUUUGAGAACUUCACCAAGUGGCUUGGUGUUACACAGUGAUUGUCUGGUCCAACCCUUAUUGUUUUGCCAAUUCAGAGAUUAUGAUUUUGAUCGCUGUUGUCAAAUAUCCUUUGUUAUUGGUAUAUUCUGACAUUAGUUUUGGCUUUGGUAGUUUUUUUUUACCGCUGGAUGUUUACUUCCAGACACCUAUUACACCUUUUAUGGAAACGAAGUAUAUCGAUUCUCAACACUCACCGUGCUUCUGUUUUUGGCAGUAUUGGUUACUCGAGUAUUCAUGUUCAGUUGUAUUAGUGUAUGCAUUUUCUUUGUGCCCUUCUGUUUGUUGGGUAUAUAAUAGUAUA